AUGACGCUCCAGGUCACUGUGAUAGCCGUUGUUUCCGCCAUCUAUUUCAUCUACCGAUACCUUAACCGCACAGAUACGCCUAAGAUAAAGGGAUUGCCAGAAGUUCCUGGAGUACCGUUGUUUGGCAACCUGCUACAAUUGGGGAGCAACCAUGCGAAGGUAGCUCAGGAGUGGGCGAAGACGUAUGGACCCGUCUUCCAAGUGCGGAUGGGCAAUCGGAGAAUCGUCUUCGCCAACACCUUUGACAGCGUGAGAGCGCUCUGGAUCAACAACCAAUCCGCCCUCAUCUCCCGCCCAACCCUCCACACCUUCCAUACCGUCGUCUCGUCCUCCCAGGGCUUCACCAUCGGCACAUCUCCAUGGGAUGAGUCUUGCAAGCAGCGCCGCAAGGCCGCCGCCACCGCUUUGAACCGCCCAGCUGUGCAGUCCUACAUGCCGAUCAUCGACCUCGAGUCGACCGUGUCGAUCAAAGAGAUGCUCAAAGACUCCAAAGGCGGCGAGGUCGACAUCGACCCGAACGGGUACUGGGCGCGAUUUGCGCUGAACACGAGCCUGACCCUAAAUUAUGGGAUCCGUAUCGAUGGUAGCAUCGAGGACGAGCUGCUCAAGGAGAUCACGCAUGUGGAGCGGAUGGUCUCGAACUUUAGGAGCACAAGCAAUAACUGGCAGGACUAUAUUCCGAUGCUGCGGCUAGUGCCGACGCUGAGCAAGGAGCCGCAGGAGUAUAGACAUCGGCGGGACGUGUAUAUGACGAAGCUGCUGGACAUGCUUAAGGCGCGGAUCGCUGAGGGGACAGACAAGCCGUGUAUCACUGGCAACGUCCUUAAGGAUCCCGAGGCAAAGCUGACCGAAGCCGAGAUCAAAUCCAUCUGCCUAACCAUGGUCUCCGCGGGCCUCGACACGGUCCCGGGCAACCUAAUCAUGGGCGUCGCCUACCUGUCCAGCCCGCACGGCCGCGAGAUCCAAGCGCGCGCCCACUCCGAGAUCAUGAAAGUCUACCCCAACCACGAUGCGUGGACCGCGUGCCUCGUGGAAGAAAAAGUGCCCUACAUCACCGCGCUCGUCAAGGAGAUCCUGCGCUACUGGACCGUGAUCCCGAUCUGCCUGCCGCGCGUGUCCGUCAAGGAUAUCGAGUGGCAGGGCGUCACCAUCCCGGCGGGCACGACGUUCUACAUGAACGCGUACGCGGCCGACUACGACGAGUCGCACUUCAAGGACCCGUAUUCGUUUGUACCGGAAAGGUAUCUGGAUUCCGCGAUGGAGGGCCAGGGGACCCCGCAUUAUGCGUACGGCGCGGGGAGUCGCAUGUGUGCGGGCAGUCAUCUGGCGAACAGGGAGCUGUAUACGGCGUUUGUGAGGCUGAUCUCCGCGUUUGAGAUUCUGCCGCCGAGGGAGGAGAAGGAUGCCCCGGUGCUGGAUGCGUUGGAGGCGAAUGCGAUCCCGACGGCGCUGACGCUGGAGCCGAGGCCAUUCAAGUGCGGUUUUAAGGUCAGGGAUAGGGAAAGGUUGGAUACGUGGAUCAGGGAGAGUGAGGAGAGGACGAGGGAGAGUGUUGGGAGUGUUGCGUCGGUGAGUUAG